UUGUGAUAGGCACACACCCCGCCAAGACCCGGGUCCACAUCAAAUUUUACAGGCCACACGAAGACAUCAGGGACUUGUUUCAAUACAAGCAACACAUCGACGUCGACGGAGAAUCAAGUAGUAAAAUUGAGACCUAUUGUGAAGAGAGACCCGAACAUUUAACUACAGCUCUGAAUCUGGAUGCUGAGCAGUCUUUUGGUGUGAUGCUGUCGUAUUGUGAAUUGUGUGGGAGGCCGAGUCCGACAUACAACUUAGAGAUGCUGUUGCCAAUGAAUACCUAUGGCAGACAUUUCGUCAAUUUGAAACUGAAAGACAACCUCGACUUGAAACUUGAGAACUAUUUAGUGGUUAUCGCUCCUUACGCCAUGACAACUGUGGGGUUUUUCGACGAGGGAGGGGAGAGAAUCUCUACGAGGGUUGUAGAGAUGGGACAUCUCCUUCAUUCGACAGACCUACUCAGAGAGGUUGCCAUCAUCAAAUCCAAUAAUCCCAUCGCUGUGUACUUCCAUCUUCAGAACACAGUCACGUGUAAAACUAACGACGCCUUCAGUCUGCUAGUCCCUGUUGAGCUCUUCCUCAAUUUCUACUAUUGGACCGCUCACAUGCCGAACAGCGAAGAUAUUUAUAGAUUGAACUCUGACCUCCAGGUGAUAUUUAUCUUGAGGGAGCCCCAACGCAAAAUGCUUAUCUUGGAUGGUAUACUGCUGGACGAUGUAGUACUAAGCAUGCCGCCAAACUCUCGCCUUAAGUGGCACGCUUACCCGGUCCCCAUAAACCCCGGCUUCCACUCGGCCUACACGCUGGACGGCGCACCUUUCGGCUGCUACAUCUACCUAGCUGACGUCACUUCCGUAGGGCUCCACCCUGCAGGUUACAUCACUGGCGAGAUCCAUAGGGACCAGAGAAAAUGCCAAAAGACGGCAGGGGUACCUGGCGACAAGAUCGAUAACGAUUGUGACGGUUAUAUUGACGAGGAUUCGGCAUUCAUCACCUGCUCGCUGAAGGAUCUGGAUCAGUGCUAUAAUACUCAUCAAUCGAUUACGAACCAUGGGAAUGAUUAUAGAGAUCUAGCUCUUCCUCCACCAAUUACAGGCAAAUGGAGCAAAUGGUCUGAGUGGCAUUGCUCAGUUGACUGUGGAGCUUCUGAGUUUUACGUUAGAAGGCGGUCAUGUGACAGCCCGGCACCCAGCAGCCAUGGUACGGCGUGUGUGGGCGUUGAUGUGGAGACCCACAGGCUGUACUGCGACACCCAGGUCCGGUGCCAGAACGCUUGCCGGAGAGGAUUUUUUGGGCCAAGGUGCACUAAAAACUGCUCCAACUGCGAAUCUGAGUGUGUGAAAGACACGGGUUACUGCCCUUUGUGCAAGCGAGGGUGGAAGGGGUAUGCAUGUCAGCAAGCCUGUGACCCUAUGACCUAUGGAUACAACUGCAAAUACUCGUGUGCUAAAAAAUGUGGAGGGAAAGAUUGCAUCGACCGUGAAAUGGGCAUCUGCCCACCUUCCUUCCCCACCCUGAGUCUGAUCGUGUUCUGGUACGUCUUGGUCUUGGUUCCACUAGUAGGUGUACCAGCGGGCAUCUUCAUCUCAAGAUCAUAUUUAUCGGGGCACGGGUUUUACCUACACUACAACCCAGCUUGCCAUGGGGCGUACUGUAUGAAAGCCUUGAGUUUAUGUAUGAUGGAUUUGAUUCUUCCCAAAUCUAUUUUGACACUCGGUAUUCUGUUGACCACAUUUGUUAAAGUGGAUGCUGUCGGCACACCCAACGGUGUCAAGUACGCCAUUGGCCUGCCCAGAUCCUACCCACAGGAGGCCCUGGUGAGCAUCAACACAGUGUCCACCUCACAGAUCACCGUGUACCUCAAGCAGGUCUACUCCGACUGGUACAGCAACGCCACCAUGCUGGUCAGUCGUGCCCUGCCCCAGACUUUUGUCUUCAUACCUGCUAUGAUAAGAGACGGCAUGACUCUAAUAAUAGAAUCGGAUGUGUCCUUGAGUGUGGGGGUACUCAGCAACGACAAGAGCAGUAAAGACACAUUUUACGUUCAGCCAGUGGAGUCGUACGGUCGGUCGUACGUGUUUUACUAUAGGCGUCGAAACACCAACGUGGUUGUCAUAGGAACGGAGGCUGGAAUGACCAUCACUGCCGAGACUCGUGCCAAAAUUCAGCUCGGCCUAGCCGGUGCACAGAUGACCUUGACCUUAAAACGGGCUUUCUUCGCCUACGAGUUUUUCUCUAGUUUCUGUUCCAACGAUUACGUCAUAACAAUGGUAUCCAACGGGGUGAAGAUGUCAAGCGACAAACCGUUCGGCAUGCUGGUAGCCUACUGUGGUGUGGUGGACUACCACACACCUAACUGUGUAGACGAGAACUACAACCUGCUGAGUAUGGAUACGUUGCUUCCAGAAAGUACUCUGGGCAAACAUUUUGUCAACCUGAUAUUUUCUGAGACGGAACACACAAUUCUACGCGCCAUCUCGGCCUUUGACGUCACAACAUUGGACGUCACGUUCCGCAACAACCGCAGGCGUAACAUCAUUCACGAACAAGCCGGAAGUGUCUUUCAGUCCACGUACCCCCAAGAUCCCGAACCAGUGAGGGACAUCUUAAGCAACAAGCCUGUGGCCGUGUAUAUCUUCGUGUCGUCUGCCAUUUGUUCCUUUAACCCUGCGUUCACUGUCAUCGUUCCCACCCAGCUGUUCCACAACUACUACUUCUGGAACAACCCAAGGAGAAUAGGUACCAACCACUGGCUGGUUAACUUUAAGGUCAAGGUCUUCUUGGUGCUCAAACGGUUCCAGUACAGAUGGCUUGUGCUGGACGAUUUGUCGCAGAGGGACGUGCAAUCAUUACAGGAGUGGCCUGAUGGCAGCAACAGACAGGUGUACGAGCUACAGACCAUGCCAGGAUUCCACACCGUCUUCACAGAGAACGGCACCCCCUUUGGCUGCUACGUGUAUGCUAAGUACGGCUCCACCGCCAGCUUGUUCGCUGUCGCUUCUAAUGUCGGAAACACUGACACUGCUACAUGCGUCAGGAGCACGGCCGUACCAGGGGACAUGAAGGACAACGACUGUGACGGGUCGAUUGACGAGGAGUCAAAGUUCACGAGUUGUUACUAUACGGGGACACCACUCGAGGAAUGCAAUCAAGCGGUGCCUUAUGAUGAUGAUUUUGAUGGCAGGAGUGAUGAAGAUUUGGCAUGGCCACCCCCAACUCGCGGUGGCUGGAGCAACUGGAGCGCGUGGGCCUGCUCAGUCAACUGUGGCAGCUCCGAGUUCCACAGUCGCAGACGAGUGUGCAACAACCCGGUACCCACGAGUCACGGGUUGGGUUGCUUGGGCGUGGCCGAGGAGAAACUGGAGCAAUAUUGUCACACGCGCAAGACAUGCGCUGACGCCUGUCCCCGCGGUAGAUACGGAUUGGACUGUAGCGGCGACUGUUCCAACUGCCGCAUGGACUGCGUCAAGGAAUCCGGGUUCUGUCUAGUCUGCAAGGAGGGCUGGACAGGUCAUGCCUGCCAGACACCUUGUCCGGAGAUGACCUAUGGCUAUAACUGCAAGUAUUCCUGCUCCAAAAAAUGUGGGGGUAGAGACUGCAUGGAGCGGCAGUGGGGCAUAUGCCCGCCAGCUUUUCCUGUGAUUGGGAUGAUCGUCUUCUGGUUCUUUCUGGUUCUGGUUCCUCUAUUUGGCGUGCCUACAUAUGUCUGGUACAUCAGGUAA